GCGCCCCAGUCUCUGACCAGGGCAGGUUCUCUCGGUUUCGUCUCCUCCCUUUCCCCGUCCAGUUCUCCACCUGCUCACCACCGGCCGGCAGCUAGCGGUUGCUCCUCCCUGCCUUCCUCCCCAAAUCUCCUCCCGCCGGCGAGAUCGGGGCGCGAGGAUGACGGUCAUCGACAUCCUCACGCGGGUGGACGCCAUCUGCCAGAAGUACGACAAGUACGACGUCGACAAGCUCAACGGCGCCAACGUCGCCGGCGAGGACCCCUUCGCGCGCCUCUACGGCUCCGUCGACGCCGAGAUCUCCCAGUGCGAGGAGAAAGCGGAGGCGGCGAAGCAGGAGAAGAGCCGGGCCGCGGUGGUCGCCAUCAAUGCCGAGAUCCGGCGCACCAAGGCCAAGCUCAUCGAGGAGGACAUGCCCAAGCUGAUGCGCCUCGCCGUGAAGAAGGUCAAAGGGCUCACAAAGGAGGAACUUACGACCCGUAGUGAACUGGUUUCUGCCUUGCCUGACAGAAUUCAGUCAAUACCAGAUGGUAGUGCUACUGCGGCAAAGAGCAAUGGAGGUUGGGGAGCCUCAGGAUCCCGUCCCGGUGGGGGCAUUAAGUUCGACUCUACUUCUGAUGGGAACUUUGAUGACGAGUACUUUAAGGGGACAGAAGAAUCAAACAAAUUUCGUCAGGAAUAUGAGAUGCGUAGAAUGAAGCAGGAUGAAGGUUUGGAUAUCAUUGGUGAAGGGCUGGAGACCCUGAGAAACAUGGCAGCUGAUAUGAACGAGGAAUUGGAUAGGCAAGUUCCCUUGAUGGAUGAAAUGGAUGACAAGGUGGAUAGAGCGAAUGCAGAUCUGAAGAAUACCAACGUGAGACUAAAGCAGACUAUUCUUCAGAUGAGAUCCAGCCGCAACUUCUGCAUCGACAUUGUCCUGCUCUGUGUCAUACUCGGUAUUGCUGCCUACCUCUACAAUGUGCUAAAAAAGUGAGGCUGCCUUGGAAUGGAACCACUCAUGUUGCAUCAUGCAGUGGCUCCUCUACAUGUUGCGUCUCCUGAUGACGGGUUUCGGCCCUUGUUUGCCACCACCACGAGUUAUUUCUUUUGUCUCAUCUGUGUGAUACCAUCAUGGUGCUGUUAGACUAUAUGCUUGCUGGAUCAGUGAACGUUGCGUGUAUGUGAAAACCUGAUGUCUGAUGUAUGUAUAUUCGGGAGUAAAUUUCGUAGCGAAGAGCACAACAAGGUCAUUCUUUUGUUCUAAA